AACCAGCGCGUGAAGCUGAACGUGGGCGGGGCUGUCUUCGAGACCUGGACUCACACCUUGCUGAAGAAGCCAGGCACGAGGCUGUCCAGACUCGCACGUGCCUUGGAGAAAGAUGAAAGCUAUGAUGCCGACAGAGGAGAGUACUUCUUCGACCGACAUCCGGGCAUUUUUGCAACCGUCAUGCAUUACUAUCGCACCGAAGAACUUCACACCGACCACAACAUAUGUGGGAACAUCAUCAAA